GCCUGAACUUCAGCAUACCAAGUCAUCGAAAAUCGGAGCAGCUUGGUUCCUUGAUUAUUUUCAAAAUGGCGAAAAGAGGAGUUACAGAAGAAACUGAGAAGUCCAGGAAGAAGCUGAAAACCAAGUCCGGCAAAGUUGAGAAGCAUGCCGAGGACAAGGACAAGAAGAAAAAGAAAGAUAAAAACAACAAGAGUUCGUCUGAAUCGGAUACGCCAAUUGCGUCGCAAUCUGAAGUAGACGAGUUCAUGAAGACAAACACGAUAGAGAUCUCGGAUCCAUUGAGCAACGAAAACCCUCCACGCCCAAUUCUCUCGUUCGACCAACUUCCCGAACGUGAUAAUAUUCUGUACGAACCACUCAAGAACUUUUCGGCACCCACGUCUGUCCAGUCCGCCACAUGGCCAUUACUAUUUGCCGGAAGAGAUGUGAUAGGUAUCGCAGAGACGGGCAGUGGGAAGACUUUGGCCUUUGGUCUACCAUGCCUGAAGAACAUGGUGGAUUCCGAGAAGAAACUCAAGCCUUCACAUCCAAGGGCUGUGAUCCUGACCCCUACCCGAGAACUUGCGAUGCAGAUUUAUGAACAACUGGAGGGGUAUGCUCUCCGGGUCUCUGUCAAAGUUACUUGCAUCUUUGGAGGAGUCAGAAAAGAUGAGCAGAGGGAGGCAUUGAAAAAUACUGCCAUCGUUGUUGCCACACCCGGUCGAUUGAAGGACCUUGAAUCGGAGGGCGCAAUUAACCUGUCCAAAGUGAAGUAUCUCGUCCUUGAUGAAGCGGACAGGAUGUUGGACAAGGGUUUUGAACAGGAUAUCAAAGACAUCGUCUCUCCAAUGCCUGUUUCCAGAAGGCAGACUGCUAUGUUUACAGCUACGUGGCCCGUCGCUGUCAGGAAUCUUGCCAACAGCUUCACGCAGGAUCCGGUCAUGGUCACCGUGGGCGGUAAACCGUCUGAAGAUCCUCGCGCAAACACCCGUAUCAAACAGGUUGUCGAGGUACUCGAUCCGAGGGAUAAAGAAAACAGACUUACUCAGAUUCUCGGAAAGCUUACGAGAGAGUCUCCCCAAGGCAAGAUCUUAGUCUUUUGCUUAUAUAAAAAAGAAGCUAUGCGCAUUGAAAGACUUAUCCAGUCGAGAGGAUACGCUGUUGCCGGUAUUCACGGCGACCUCAGUCAGAGCGACCGAUUCAAGAGUCUUGCGGCUUUCAAAUCAGGCGAUGUUACAAUUCUAGUCGCUACGGACGUGGCUGCCAGAGGCCUUGAUAUUCCAGCAGUGAAGACCGUGGUCAACGUUACAUUUCCGUUGACGAUUGAGGAUUAUGUGCACCGUAUAGGACGAACUGGACGAGCUGGAGCCGAUGGCCAUGCUAUUACCCUUUUCACAGAAACCGACAAGGCGCAUUCAGGAGCGUUAAUCAAUGUUUUGAAGGCAGCAAAACAAGAUGUUCCUGAUUCCCUCUUCAAGUUCGGUACCACUGUCAAGAAGAAGCAGCACGAUGCUUACGGUGCCUUCUUCAAGAAUGUGGACGAGACCAAAUCCGCGACCAAGAUCACAUUUGACGAUUAGACGGCUUAUGAUGACAUCUUUUUGCUUUUUCUUUUUAGAUUCCUACUUUUCCAUAUGUACAAAAGUUCUCAUCUACCCCGGAUAUGUUUCUUAUACUGGUCCAAUAUGUAGUCUCGUUCUAGAAAUAGACUAGUCUCCGGAGUUAGCAUUCC